AUGUCGCGCAAAACGGGUUUGGAAAGAACAAGCUCACGGCCCAUAGCCAUGUCCGACCGAGGCUCGAUCCACGCCGACGCAGUUGUCGAUCCUGCCCUGAACAAAGGUGACGGCGGUGAGAUCACCCAGAUUCAGGGUGACGCACACUUAUAUGAGACCGUCACGGCUGCGCCCCUGGAUCCUUGGUCCAAGACCAGCUUGCAGCUCUACAUGAUCUUGUUGGUGGCCGCACUCAACGCCACUGCUUCUGGUUUCGAUGGCUCCAUCUUCAGUUCCAUCAAUGCCAUGGAUCAGUACAAGGCCUAUUUUCAUCACACCGAACUUGGGUCUAGCACUGGCAUAAUCUUCAUGAUCUACACCAUUGGCAACAUGAUCGGAUCGCUAUUCACGGGUCCAAUCUGCGAUCACUUUGGCCGUCGAGUUGGCAUGAUGACUGGAUCCAUUCUGAUUAUGAUUGGAGCUGCCGUCCAGACUGCUGCCCAGAGCGAUUCCUACCUUCUCGGUGGCCGAUUUGUCCUUGGAUUUGGCGUUUCCAUUGGAACGUCGUCGGCUCCUACCUACGCCCUUGAGCUUGCUCCUCCCCAGUGGCGCGCCCGUGUCGUCGGAUAUUACAAUACCUUCUUCUAUACCGGAUCCAUCCUGGCUACCGGCGUAGCAUACGCCUCGGCCAAGAACGACAGCGAGCUUGCUUUUCGGUUGCCUCUGAGCCUGCAGCUAAUCCCGCCCAUCUUCAUCUUGGUCGGCGCGUGUUUCGUCCCCGAAUCUCCCCGGUGGCUCACCAUGAAGGGCAGGAAAGAGACAGCCGCUUCCAUCUUGGCCAAGUAUCACGGGGGUGGCGACAUGCAACACCCCAUGGUCAAACUCGAGAUUCGAGAGUUCGAGCAAAACAUCGAGUUGCAGAAGGCUUCCAGCGUGUGGAACUACUGGGCUCUUGUCGACACGCACAAUGCCCGUUGGCGGUUCGCCAUGAUGGCGUGCAUGUCCAUCUUUGCUCAGAUGGCGGGAAACUCGGUUUUGACCUACUAUCUGCCGUCCAUGUACAAGCUGGUGGGCAUCCAGACGACGGAGAAGCGACUGCUCCUGACCUUUAUGAACUCAAUUGUCUCUUGUGCCGGCGCUGUCGCUGGAUCGGCGACGAAUGAUGGCAUCGGUAGGCGAACCAAGCUGUGGGUUGGCAGCAUUGUCCUGGCAGGACUCUUUGGCGGCGUGACUGGCUUUUCCAGCCACUUUGAGAACAAAACCACGGUUGUCAGCUCGGCCCUCUCCAAUGGCGGUGUUGCUUUCAUCUUCCUUUUCGGAUGCGCCUAUUCGUUCGUCUACACCCCGCUUACUGCCACCUACUGCGCCGAAGUUCUGGCCACGCCUACUCGUGCGAAGGGAAUGGGAAUCCAUGUCAUCCUCUCCAACUGCGCCAACUUGUACAAUACAUAUGUUACAGCUAUUGCGCUGGAAUCCAUCGACUGGAGAUACUACCUCAUCUUUGUCGGCCUGAAUCUUAUCUACGGCGCCGUAUGGUUCAUCUUUGGCGUCGAGACCCGUGGCCGAACCCUCGAGGAAAUGGACGACGUCUUCAAUUCCAAGUUCCCACCUCGGGCCGCCCUCCAGAAGGCCGUCAUGCUACGACAGGGGAACGGACACUUGCAAGGACUGGGUGGGGGUGAUGUACAGGGCUCGAGUAUCUCUCGAUGA